AUGCCUUCAUCAGCUUCAUCCGGUGGGCUCGGAAAGGGCAAAGUGACCCUCAGCGGUGCACAGGAAACCCUCUUACUGACGCUCUUUGCCCGCGCAAAAGAUGCCGAGUCUUCGCGUCCGAUCUUGAAUGAUCAAUAUGCACUCGAUAUUGUCUCUCAGAUCAAGGACCAGGGGUAUGACUUCAAGCGCACAACGGCCGGCGGUCCCACCACAGUCAUGUUUGCGAGCUCGGUCUCGAUGCGCGCUCGCAUGCUCGACAUCUGCACCGAGAAGUUUCUGAGGAGGAAUCCAGGCCCGGCUACCGUUUUGCACCUGGCGUGCGGCAUGGAUUCGCGUAGUCUUCGUGUCAAAUGGCAGGGCGAGGGCCGUUUGUGGAUCGACGCAGACAGACACGAUGUAAUCGAGCUUCGACGGCAGGUCAUAAAGGAUCCGAAUACUGGCAAGGGCGAAUACCGAUUGAUAGAUCCGAAUAUCCACGACGACGCGUGGUUAAGCAACAGCAAUAUCCCCACGGACCGACCAGUGCUGAUUCUCUUCGAAGGUUUGACGCCGUACCUCACCCCCGACGAGAUGUAUGGCCUCUUGCGACGGAUCGUGAACUACUUUCGGCAGCGCGGAGUCCACGGCGAGAUCCGUUUCGAUGCCAUUGGGUCGCUCACGUAUUACACCGCAAGCUUCUUUCUCAACUCUACUUUCAAGCUGAUGGGUACGCGGUUCAACUACUAUCUGGAUGAUCCGAGGACGUUGGAGCAGAAGGUCCCCGGUCUGAAGUUCAAAGAACGCAUCUUUGGCACGCCGGAUCUUCUGAUCUUUGGAUUUCUAGGCUGGGUUGUGGGAUUUCUGGGAUGGGUCGCCGAUCUUUUCGGGCUCACAGGUCGUAUUGGAGGAGGCUAUGGAUACGAGUUCUGA